AUGAGGCAAGCGAGGAACCAUUCGCCCCGAUGCGCUCCGCUCAACCUCCAUCCGCUCAACCCCCCUCCGCCCAACCCUCCUAUGUCCAACCCCCCUCUGCUCAACCCCUCUAAGACCAAACCCCUUCUGCCCAAUCCCCCUCUACUCAACCACCCUGUGCCCAACCCCCCCUCUGCUCAAUCCCCCUUUGCUUGUGCUAAACCAACGUCCGCGCAACUUUCGGAGCACAUUAACAGCGUUGAGAGCAAACGCGCAGGCCGCCGUUCGAUAUCAAGAAGCAGAGCGAGUAGCGCGCCGUUACUCUACCUUGGCGACAGAGAGGAACGAAUUCGGGUCAUGGGGUUUAAGCGUGACAGUGUUCCUGGUAAUGGGCAUUGUCUUUUCUCGAGCUUGUAUUGCUGCAUUUACAAGAAGCAGAUACUCAGCUUGGACGAACUGGCUGACCUCAUGGUCAUCAGGCGCAUUCACGAAAUCUGCAACCAUUUAGCAUCCAGAGUGUGUCGUCGCGUGUCUGAUGCAUCUUGGUACGACAACAAUUCGUUUGUGCUUAAGCUUCCUGGUGGUAUGCGGGAAGCGGAAACCUGGUCCGCCCAAGAUGAAGCGUUUCAAGUCGCAUGGUUUGUAUUGAAAUAA